ACAUCUCUGAUUUGUUAUUGUUUUCAUUUAACAUCUGUUUUGUAUAUAAUUGUGCAGUUACUCGUUAGUGUUAGUAUGCCAGAUGAUUCUGUAUUUUUGCAAGAAAAACUAUGAUAUGCAAUACCUUGUUUAGAUUAUUACGUCUUAGCAGAACAGCUGACUUUCAGUGUCUUCAUAGUGAAAGGCUUUUAGGGUCUUUCGUUUCCAAGAAGGGCGAUGUGACAAGAUCAGUCAGAAACAUAAGAUGUCAUGUUAGUUUUAAUGUUGAUACAGAUGAGGAAUUUAACAGUGAUUACAUUUCUGUUGUGGAUAAGAAUUAUGAAUCACGCAAAAUCUUCUGUGUUAAUAAACUGAAAGACAUAUUUGAAAUAUCCACGGAUGAGGCAGAAAAGAUUUACGAAUCCCAUCCAUAUUUACAUAAACUAAGCCCUGCAGCAAUACAGAAUAAUGCAGAAAAAGCGCAGGCGCAAGGAUUACAGAAAUCUGUUUUGCAAAACAACCCUUGGCUAUUGACAUUUGAGGAAGGAAAACUAAAGUACAGCAUACAAAUAGUGAAGAGAUAUCAUGAAGACAUAAAUAAAGUUGUGCCACUCUUGAAAAUACCUUUCCACAAGCUAAGAAUAAUAAAAGAAUAUGCUCAGAAGGAUGACUUGCAUUUAUCUGAAGGAAGCCGCAUCAAAUAUCUGAGUGAAAAACUGCAGUGCCCACCGUCUGUUAUUAGUGAGGCCUUAGUGAAACAUGAUGUUUUACUGUCCAUGCCAUUUGUUAAACUCCAGACUGUAAUGGACCUCAUGCUUGAUGCAGGGAUCCAGCCUGAAGAUAUUUUGAAAGAUCUGUGGAUUUUUCGACACAGUAUAACUGCAAUAAAUCGACUGAGCCAAGCAAAAACAGCAGAAGUUCCAAAAAUCAAACCAUGGAUGGCACGUUGUGUGCCCCAGACAUUUCAAGUGACACUGAGGCGUCAUGUACAGCAUCGCAUCCUCCUAGCACCUCACUCUACAGUUAUUGACUACCUUAGUGAGCGCCUGGAGUGUACUCCUGAACAUGCUUCUUACAUAAUGAAGAGAGCUCCAGCAUUGCAGCGAACACAUAUUUCAAAAUUGAAGAAAAUGAUAGAUUUCCUUUAUGCGGAAGGAUUCUCAGCAGAACAGAUACGUCAGAUUCCACGAGUUUUGUGUCAUAGUCCUGAGACUGUAAAAAUCCGCUUGAAGGAGUUAAGAAUGUUGGGAUACAAUCCAUCAUCUCUUACUGUUCUUUGCAAAAGUAAACGAAUAUAUAACAGUUUUGUAAAUAAAUUGUUGCAGAAGUGCUGACAUAAUUUAUAUUUGUAUAAUGAUAUUGCAUAUCAGUUGUGAGAUUUUUUUUAUGAAAUACACAAAU